GCGGGCAGGGAGUGAGGGGGGGGGAGAAGAGGCUGGAAAAUGGCGGGGAUCAAAGCUCUGGUUGGCUUGUCAUUCAGCGGUGCCAUUGGCUUGACAUUCCUUAUGUUGGGAUGUGCCCUUGAACAGUACGGGGUUUACUGGCCUCUCUUCGUGCUGAUCUUUUACUGCCUGUCGCCCAUCCCGAGCUUCAUCGCGCGGAGACUGGGGGAUGACACGGACGCCGCGAGCAGCGCCUGCCGGGAGUUGGCGUAUUUCUUCACCACUGGCAUCGUAGUGUCCGCCUUCGGGCUGCCGAUCAUUCUUGCCCGUGUGGAUGUGAUCCGAUGGGGAGCCUGUGGGCUGGUGCUGGCAGGCAAUGCAGUCAUCUUCCUCACCAUAUUGGGCUUUUUCCUGGUGUUUGGCCGAGGUGAUGACUUCAGUUGGGAGCAGUGGUGAUUUACCGGAGCUCAAAUAUCACGACUGUUUGACUGGUAUUAAGGUUGAAUUUUGUGUCUCUUCCCCCCACCCCCUCC